GCCGUCUUCUCCAGAAGAAAGUUGAUACGAUACCUUGGUAGAGAGGGAGUGAAUUAGGAAUUAGGAAACGUUCGGAAUUGGGUAGUAAAUUAAUGGGUUGAGCCGAGUUGGUUCGUGGAAGGAAGAAAUAAAGAAAUCAACAAAGGCAGACAAAGAGCUUAGGAAAAGAAGAAUAAGAAUGGUGUGGUGAGAAAGAUGAAGGUCCGUUCGGAAAGGGAAAAGACGAAAGUUGUGAUUAGGCAUUUGCCCCCUUCUCUCACUCAAUCCGAUCUCUUCCAACACAUCGAUUCUCACUUCGCUUCUCGCUACAAUUGGUUCUCCUUCCGUCCCGGCAACAACAGUCACAAGCGUCAGAGGCAUUCCCGAGCGUAUAUAGACUUCAAGUGUCCCGAUGACGUUUUCGAGUUCGCCGAGUUCUUUGAUGGACACGUUUUUGUUAACGAGCGAGGUGCCCAGCAUAAAGUGAUAGUUGAGUAUGCACCUUCUCAGCGUGUUCCAAAGCCAAGUGCCAAAAAAGAUGGACGUGAAGGGACUAUAUUCAAAGAUCCAGAUUAUCUUGAGUUCCUCAAACUAAUUGCAAAACCUCAAGAGCAUCUUCCUAGUGCAGAGAUACAAUUGGAAAGAAAAGAAUCUGAGCAAGUUGGGGCCAGCAAGGAAACACCUAUUGUCACACCCCUGAUGGAAUAUAUUCGUCAGAAACGUGCUGUUGACAGUGGUAUGCAGGCUUCAUCAGCAGUGGCAAAAGUUUGCAGAAGAUCUAGAGCUGCUUUGCCUGGUAAGCCUGGCUCAGGCAAUAUUAAACGUGGAUCUGAAAAGAAAAAGUAUGUUCAGAAGGACAAUGCCAAGAGUGCUACUCGCAAAGAGUCAAAAAACAAGUCAGCCUUUAUUGUGGUCCCCCGGCGAGACGAUCAAUUUGCUGAAUCAAGUAUAAAAGGAAUUUCUGACAUUAAAACUUUGCAUGGCGUUGAAGGUUCCAUUUCUGGAAUUCCACUGACUUCUGAGUCAGGAAAGAAAAAAUUCCUUCUUCUUAAAGGGAAACAGCAGGACAUUCCCAGUGCCACUGAGGCCACAGUAAAACAGCAAAACGUACAAUCUGGAAAUUCUCCUAUUUCAACUCCUGCAAAACAGAACCAGAGACGUGAAGCUAGUGGAAGAUUGAUUAGGAGCAUACUUCUAAAUAAUGAAGCUCGUCAAAGUCAGUCUACAACUGGUACACAACAUAAAAUUCAAAUUUUAAGUUCUGAGAAUGGGCAGCGACCCUCUCGUCGUUUUGGUUCAAGGUCUGGGUUAAAUAAUCAAGUCUCAAAUCAUGAUGCUGCACAAAUUAAUUCCGAAGGGGAUUCUAGAAGAGCAUUGGACGAAAAGUUCAUAAAAAGGGAUCUUCAUGGUUUGGGGAGCAGUGCCAAAACAGAAAAACGUACUAGAAACAAGGAUAGACCUGAUCGAGGUGUUUGGACACCCCUUCGUCGUUCUGAUGUUUCGCAUGCUGGUAACGACUAUUCAUCAUCCUCAUUGGCACAGCCUACUCAGUCAAAUCCUGAAUCUGCUGAAGGAGAAGUAAAAGAAAAUGUUCCUUCUGGAAACAGGGGAGGUGAAUUCUCUGCUUCUGCAGGUGGACACGGUGGCAAUCCUUCAAUUGAGAAUGGUUCUCAAAGAAAUUUUAUUCAUCAUGGAGCUUCCUAUGUAGUGAAGGAUGAUGGUGCAGUCAGUAGUAUAAGCAAAGGGAAACCUUCCAAGAAAAGUGUUGGGCAUAGUGCUCACGAGAAGCAAGUCUGGGUCCAUAAAUCUUCUUCAGGGUCAUAAAAUAUCUGCGAUUAUGGACACUCUCAGUCAGGGCAUCAUUCCUGCUAUGGUCUCCGUAUAGGACGUAAUCCUCAACUAAUUCAGGUCAACCUGAGUCUGAGCGACUUGAAAGGUAUGUGAAUGUUCUACUUUUGCUAAAAGGACUACUUGAAUAGUUGAAUACUGGUUCUUAAAAAGGAUGGCUCAGUGUAAGAGGUUCUCACCUGGGAAGUUGGGGGAGGAUAGAUAUAUGCAGCCCCACCCCUCAACCUGAGAGGUUGUUUAUAGAAUUAGAACCUGUGACCUGCAAGUUACAAGGCAGUAAGCUUACCGGUUCUCAUAAGCUAGGGUUCAAUUUCUUUCGCAUGUGAUAAAUUUUCAUACUUACUUUCUGAAGUAUCAUUGGCUUUUGAUCAAUGUCACAUUUGGAUGUUUUCCAGUAAAAUGAUCCAAUUGUUUGCCUGACAGAGCCUCUGCACAAUAAAGGGAAUGCAAAGUUACAGACCUCGUUGACAUGAUUAUUACUGAAAACAGAUUGGCAUUGUUAACCAUGCUGAUGGAUUUAGACCCAUUACGGUUCGUGUCUCCUUAAAUUGAAUAUUUCAGUGUUGGGAAAUAUUGUGUUUGGGAUGUAACUGUAAAGUUCUUGGUACAUAACAUGGGAUAGUAUGUUGGAAAGAGUGAAGAAUCUUGUCUUGUUCAGUGGACAAGUAGUUAAAUAAUGUUUUGUAUUGAAGGCUUAUACUUUAGCGUGCACAUGUCCGUGUUAUUGUAAGGAUAUUAGAACGUCUUUGGUCCUCAAGAAUCAUCCUUAUUCCAUACUCUUUCCAUGAA